AUGUUGUCACUCCUUUUCUUUACAUCUGCACUUGCGGCGCCCGCACUCAAUAAUUCGUCGUCUUCGGUUUGUGGCGCUGGUUCCUCGACCGGCACAUAUACCAUCCGUGCGAACGACACCAUUUACUCCGUCGCUACCACUCUCAAUCGUGGGGUCUGCCCACUGGCGAGGUACAAUCACUUAUCUGACCCCGAGCUUCUGUAUCCCGGCGAGGUGCUUUACAUCCCCCCUGAAGCCUGCAACACCGACGCUACCGACACCUCCUGUCUCCUCAGCCUCGAUAAUUCGACCACCAACGAUUGUAUCUUUGGUGGUCCCCAUACAUACCGCACCUUUGAAGGCGACACCCUCCGCAAAAUCGCUCUGGGCAAGUUCAAUAUUACACUGGAGGCCCUGGAAAGUUCUGUUGGUCGCAUGGCGGGUGUUUCGUCACCCGACGAAACCAUUGAGCCGGACACAUUUAUCAAGCUCCCGCAGUGUAAUCCUAGCUCGUGUGGAAUAAAGCCGCUCGAAUACGUUUGGGGGACGUACAAGGAUCUAGCGGAGGAGUACGGAACAACGCCGGGGCAGAUCUUUGCUUUGAAUCCGACUUUUAAUCACAGUUCUACGGGACCGGGCGUGGGGGAUGGAUUACGUUGCCAGUCAAUUGCGGACUAG